AUGCAGCAAUACUUCACAGUGGAGUACGAUGGGUAUACCUACAAGAAAGAAGAGGAAAAGAAGGAGAAGAAACCCUCUGGAUCUCACUAUUUGGUGAACAUGCUCUCACUUUCUACGGAGAACAAAAUGGAACUAGAAAGAAUAAUCAACAGAAUGAACACAAAAAGCAAGUGGAAAGAUCUUUCAGAUAAGCAAGAGAGGAUGUAUUCAAAAAUGGAGAAGGUUCUUUCUAAGCUACGGGCGUACACCCCGUUCUCUGUCCCCUUUUUGAACAAAGUAAGUAAGAGAGAGGCCCCAGAGUACUACAACAUGAUACAAACACCGAUGGACUUGGGGAAAAUGGGGAAGAAGCUUUUUCUUCAGGAGUAUUCUGACAUAGCCGGGUUUACCAGUGAUUUAGACCUUAUUUGGGAGAACUGCUUCCGGUUCAACAACACACACGGGAAUGUAUAUGCAAUGUACGCACAGAAAAUGAAGGAGAAGUCACUGGUUCUUCUGCAGGAUUUAUUUUCAGAGCGAGAGAUUGAAAUUGAAGAGAGCCCAGAAGUUCUCUCGCACUUUCACCACUCAGAGAAGUGGAGGAAGGAAAUGGUGGCCACUCGGGCAGCAAUUCUUCAAAAUCCAGCAGAGUUCACACAGAAAAGAACACCAAAGGGAAUGCAUGAGUACUGGAGAAAAGAAAGUGAAAUUAUCCGGCUAAUGCAGAAAGAGAACCUCCAAAGAGAUGGUGGUGCUUCUUGGGUACUAGAGGAUCUAAAGGAAAAGCCAUCAUUCCUCUAUCUGCCAGAGUACACACACUUUUACAAUAGUUUUCCCAUCACAGAGGAAGAUGUACUUAGUGCACCGCCGCCAACAGAAUACACUCUGGGGAAUAUACACAGCAGAGGGCACGAGAGAUACGAUAAAAAUACGUCUGCGUAUAAACUGGGUGAGAAGCUUUCACAGUCUCAUUGUGUACACUAUAUGAAUGGGGUAUAUGCAAACGAUCAAAUGGAAGUCAUACCGGAUAUAGAAAUAGGCCGACCUGAGGUAGUAGCCAUACUCACCCGAAUUGUUUCCCUGCAACUGUUUGCCAUAGGAUUCACAGCAACAGAGUCUUCUGCCUUGGAUAUUGUUGUUUCACAUGUUCUUAACAGGAUACAGACUACAGUCUGCCAAAUCCGACGGGAGCAGACCAAUAUUCUGAACACGGACUGUGAAAAGAGCGAAAGAAUGAACGCCCUCAUAAAGUCUGUAAUAAAAAUAUUUGAAAUCAGAACAACAGAAGCGCCGUCUCCACAGUUCUUCUCAGAGGAAGAAGAGAAGACAGACGAGGAUUCAAUGAUCGACAUAAUCUACUCAAAUGCAGAGGACGCAGAUUUAGACGAGGAUAUUCUGUAA